AAAAAAUCUAAUUUAAAUAUUAUAAAAAAAAUAAAAAAAAACUCCUAAAAUUAGAGCGUACUUGCAGAGGAUCAACGGAACAGGCGAAGACGCCAUGAUCAGCGUCAUUGCUCAGGAGCGUCUACUUGGUGCUGCACUUGGAAGCAUAUUCACAGGAUUUGUUGUUUUCGAGCAACGCCGAAGCAUCUACAAAUCAAUUUCAGAUAAUCAAUCUCAAAUUCUUGCUCAAACUCAGAUGAAAGAAUCUAUUUUUGAAAAGAGAUACCGUUUGGAGUUUGCAUGCUUGUGGAACAAAGCUGUGGAUCAGACAUUAGGACCUAUGAUUGAGUCCCUUAGCUCGCGUGGGUGGUAGAAAUGUUCGAGUAUUACGACUACUGAUAUAUGUAUGUGUUCCUUCCAUUUGUUAGUUUUGUAAGCAGGAUAGCUUGCACCCCAAUAUUAUCGUUCUACUUUUGAGCUGAUUAUAUAAGGAUUUUGUCCUUGGGAUGGGAGCUUCAUUAUGAAUAAUACCCUUAUAACAGUUUUUGAUGUUCAA